CUUGAAUGUUAUGCUUUUCCGGGGUUGUAAAGAACCAACGCCCACGUGCAAGGUAUCUAUAUUCUAUCUCUAUCUCACGGUCGACCCCUAUGCUCGUUAACCCAUUCUUCUCUGCUUCUUCCUCGUCCAUUAUUCCAGUUUCAGAAUUUAUCUAUCUCUGAGCCACCUCGUCAAAAUGGCAUCUUAUCCUCCCGGCCAGUGCUGUAUCCAGGGGUUCAGACACGAAGGCGAGGCAACCGGCCAAAUCAUCACCUUCGGCCCUGAAAAUGUGCAGGCCUACGUCGCCACCGCAGCACCUGACAAGGUCCGCAAUGGGUCCGGCAUCCUCUUCGUCCCUGACAUUUUUGGGCUCUGGCAAAACACCAAGCUAGUAGCCGACCAGUUCGCCGCCGAGGGCUACACCACCUUCGUCGUCGACGUCUUCAAGGGUGACCCGCUCCCCUACCCGCCCCCAAUGGACUUGAAUUUCCGCAAGUGGAUCGAGGAGGGUGACGACGGUAAACCCCCGCAUAACUCCGCUGUCAUCGACCCCAUCAUCCUUGAUGCUGUCCGCGCCCUGAAGGAACGUUACGGCGUGACCAAGGUCGGCGCCGUGGGUUACUGCUUCGGAGCCAAGUAUGUCGUGCGCCACUUGAACAAGACGUCUGGUAUCGACUCGGGAUUCUUUGCCCACCCCAGCUUCGUCACUCAGGACGAGCUCGCCGGUGUCCAAGGCCCCUUGUCCAUCGCCGCCGCUGAAGUCGACCAGCAGUUCCCCCCUGACCUGCGUCACUUGUCGGAAGAGAUCCUCCAGAAGAUUGGUCUGCCUUACCAAAUCAACCUCUAUUCCGGCGUCAGCCACGGAUUUGCUAUUCGCGCGGAUAUUUCUCAGCCCCAGCAGAAAUGGGCCAAGGAGCAGGCUCAUGCCCAGGCCGUUGCUUGGUUUGACCACACAUUACAGCUGAGUUCCGAGAAGCUGUGAUGACUUUACCACUGCUGUGUUCAUGCAGGCGGGCGGUGUACCUACCAUGGACUUAUGAAGGCGUGCAUUGCCCGUACUCUCCUCCGCAGCAUUUUGCAAGCAGCAUGAUAUAUGUCAGACUCGGACGAACAUGUACUGCAGAAACCAAUUAAAUUAGGUCCAUUCACCUUGAUUCCCGCGAGCUAUUGUUGUUGCGGAAUAAGUAGUGGUACAGGUC